AUGGUAGAGAACCAAAGUGAAGCAGAAAUGAAAGGUCCGCAAGUUUCGACAAUGGUCAGGAUGACUUGUCAUGUUGGAGGCUUAAUUCAGAGAUUACAGGACGACGAGGAAGCCGAGGAGGAGCCUGUGAUGGUUGCCAAACUCGACUUCGAAAAGCUCUUCCGUAUGGCGGAAGAUCCAGAUAUGGCGGAGCUCCUACGCGGACCUAUCGACACCGCUAUACACAACUUGGAGUGCGUCAAACUUCAGCGUGUGACUCUGUAGGAAACAAAAUAACUAUUUUUUUUUACUACGGAACUACUCGAAAUCGAAGGCUAGUUUCGAGUUGAAACUUUGGCGGUAGACCUAGGUAAAGUCUCACGAAAUCAAGUGAAAUUAUCUGAUAAACCACAUUGGCUUCUGAGAAAAAGCUUCUUGAAGAAAUCCAGGAAAAGUCCUGAAAGCGUUUGGACCUUUCCCUCUCACCGAAGUGGCCUGGCACAGUGGCUCAAGGUCCCGUCAUGAUUAACUUUUUUGAGUAGGUUCGGAUCCUGUCCCAUUUGGAACAUUUAUCAAAGUAGUUUUUCAGCUCCAAAGAAAAAAAAAUUCCAGUACAUCUAAAAAAAGCUGACUGACUUUUUUUUCCUUCAAUUGACGUCUUUGAAAACCUCAUGAGCCAAAAGAAAAGCUUCUCCACAAAUUUCAUUGAUUUAAAAAAAACUUUCUUUAUUCAAGAAAAAUGCAAAAUGGUUUACACUGAACAAGAUUCGAGUCUACUCAAAAAAAAAAAAUCAACCAUGAGACUCACCCACUGCCCCAGACCACCUCGGUGAGAAAGGAAGCUCCAGGAGCGUGGAGGACUCUUCCUAGAAUUUUUCUAGGAUCUUUUUCUCAGCAGCCUAUGUGGUUUAGCAGAUGAUUUCUCUGGAUUCCGAGAGAUCUUACCCUAAAAUUACAAGCCGCCAAAGCCCCAGGUAGAGUCUUUCAUUUUUCCACUUAAUGUGUUCACAUGUUUUUCUUAGCUGUACGGAUAGUUUUUUCCCGGUUGGAAUAUAGAUGACUCGAGAGCUAAACCUGAGUAUAUCUGGCAAGUUUUAAAUUGGUGGAAGUAUAGUGAUUCGCAUAAAUGCAGCUGGAUCAAUAAUCAAAAUUACAACACUCGUUCAAGUGCAAGCUAUCAACAACUGGAGCUUGUGUGUCUCGCGGAUUUAUAAAAAUCGGGUGAAAAGAGAUUUGAGGGAUAACAUGGAAGAAGCGUUAAAAAGAUACCCUUGUCUUGAACACUUAUAAAAUUUUUUUAUGGAUUAAUGAAUUUGAAUUUUUAAGGAAUGGAAAAGAAGUCCAAAAACUGACUGCAAUACGAUCUUUUGCCGAUUUGCUGGACACAGAGGGCGACGUUUGCUUGAAGAAGCUUCUUCCAGUCAUUCAAGCGAGUUUUUUAGUUUCAAAAUGUGUUUUUGCCAAUAUAUUUUUCUCUAGAAAACCCUAAACUCUGAAAAGUCGAACUUGGAUUUACAUUGUGAAGCAGCUGUCGUGUACAAAACGGUCAUUCAGAAUGAAGUGCUAACAGCAAAGUUACCGUAAGAGAUUUUUCGAGGAACAGGCUUGAUCAAACAUUUCCAUUUUACAGAGGGAUCGUCGAUGUUCUUUUGGACAGUAUUUUGCAAAACAUUCAACAUCAAAAAGAAAAUCGUGAGUUUCUUUCCAUUUCCUAACAAACUCGAUUAAGUAUAUUUCGAUGCCACAUUUCAAGUAACAUGUUUUCCACUUUGAUCUAAACCUUGUGUAUUAAUAAUCAUAUAAUUUGUCAAAACCCCUUCUCAAAGGGAGCUCAAAAGAGCAUAAACUAUUAAUACAAGGCUUUCGAGGCGAGUUGUUUUUUCGGUGAAUUUACAGAAAAUUGUUGCCCGUCGCCCCUAAAAUUCCAAUAUUAACACUUUUAUAAAGUAAUGGCAUGCAUCGCAGAACCGUCGGAAAAGGGCAAAGUUGUGAUGAAAAUCUGCAACGCCUCUCCUUACCACCGUACGUUUGCGUGCUGAUAAUUUCCUUUAAUUUUUGUUUUGAAAUGUAUGACAUGUAGAAGAAGAAAAUAAAUAAGAAAUUUUACAGUGAAUGCGGCAGCGUGGUUGGAAACAAUCGUCGAAGUAGCAGACUUGCUGUCGCUGGCUUCUGUCAAAAAAUUCGUGAGUUAAAAUCUGCAAUACUCUUGUAUUGAAUCAAUCUCGAUGUUGCAGAUUGUUCCAGUGGCCCAACAACAAGCAGACCCUGUACAGCGAGUCCAAAGACGCAUUAUUGCCACCAAACUUUUGAACAAACUCGCCAACAUUCUGCCGCCGCAAGAGUAAGAAAAUAAUGAAAAAAAAGGAUGAAAAACUUUUUUCCAGCGUUCGAAAAGACUUGACGCCCUGUGUACAAAUGCUCUGCAAAGACGCCAAUUCCAACGUCCGUAGCGCUAUCGCUCAGCGCCUUUUUGUGAUUGCCGAUUCGUUAAAGUAUAGUUGAUUGUACGCUUUCAAAAAGGCAAACAAAGGAAGUUCUUCAAAAGAUUCCUUCUUUAAUGGCUAUCAAAAGAUACUUUCCAUUUUAUUUUCCAGCUCCCAAAUCACAACUUGUCUUCGAAAUUCCAAAUAUAGCCGGUAUUUAGACGUCUGAGAGCCAGCUCUACAAUAAAAUAUCAAGAAAAUGAGCACGCCAAAUUUGAAAAAAAAGAAGCAAAGUUGCUGCUCAUAAGAUAUUUUGACGCCUUUUUGGUAACAUGUUUGGCAGCCUUUUCAGACUCUUAGUGGUCAAAAAGGUCUCUCCCAAAAAGACUAUGCCUAUAAAGGCAGUAUAAACUGAAAACAUGGAAACUGUUCUAGAAGUCCUCACGACGUUGUGGUGAGCAUCCUGCCAUGUUUCGUGCAGCUUCUCGCCGACGAAGACUCUUGCGUCCGCGAAUCCGCCAUGAACAAUCUCAACGACUGCAUUCCGCUAUUGACCAAAGGUUCUCGUCCAGAUAAUCUGUUUCAAUAACUUUAAUCAACAAAGAGGCGAAAAAACACUCACUGUUCCCACUCGUCAAGCGAUCGACGGAAGAAAGCCUGGAGAAGAAGAAUGAGACGCUCAUUAUCAUAGCUCGGAACAUUGGUAGAUGGUCGGUAUUAGCAUUCAGUCAGUUGAAGAGUAAAUCGGGGGCCAGUUUCUUCAUGAUUUAUCUCAAACGCCUCAAAAAAAAAACUCGGAUAUUGCGCAAUGCAUUGGUAACGCAAAACGAACGCGAAUCGGUUGUGUCGGGGUAUUUCUAGUGACCACUCUAGUAGCGUCAGCACUCUUAAGUGAUUCCACAGAAACAUAUGCUUUUUGUUACCGAAAUUCGAGAAGAACAGUUUGAAAUUCGAAAUUUUUUCCAUGAGGUGAACUUGCGUGGUCUAGUUUUCUAAACCGGAUCAGAUUUUUCAGGCUUGUGCGAGGGCCGGCCCGUCAAUUGGCCUCCGGCCCUUUUCCAAGCUCGGCCUUAA